AUGCCCCUUCCACAAGGACGCACGUCACACUCUUCAGGAUUGCUCAGUCCUGAAGAAAGAGGUCGGCGCCCCGAUGGAGUACAAGCGGCCUCACUGCACCGACUACCGCCCGACCACCUUCAACCGGAAGAAUUCAAUGAAAUCGUUAGCGCUCCGUGCCCCUUCCACAAGGAUGCACGUCACACUCUUCAGGAUUGCACAGUCCUGAAGAAAGAGGUCAGCACCCCGGUAGAGUACAAGCGGCCUCGCUGCACCGACUACCGCCAGGAUGACAACAGGCAUGACUACCGAUGCCGUGAUGACUGCAACGACCGCGACGAUCGCCACCGCGAUGGCCACUAUAACGACGACCGCGACCGCUGUUGUGACAACCACGAUGAUCGCGACAACCGCGACAACCGCAGGCGCGAUGACCGCAAUGACUAG